ACCAGAAAUCCAGCUUCAAGCUCCAGGUUUUCCAAGUUCCAGCUCUGUGGUGUAAGAUUGCUCAGCUCAGCCUCUACCCAAACCAAAAGCAACCAAUUCAUGUGCUAUCCAGUCUCCACUUCAUCUUCUUCACUGCUGCUGAGUGCUGAUUGUUGAGAGCCGUGGAGCUCAUCCUUUUGUCUCUCUUCAACCCUUCUACAAAGUUCAAACGCAAACCCCUCAAGUCAAUACACAAAUGGAUUCCAUUAAAACUCCUUUCUUAUCCACUACGACCACCUUCUCUCCUUCCCGCCAAAACCAGUCAUCUUCAAAAUCACCCAGAAAUCCUGGGCUCAUCCGCUGUUCCAUCACUCCUGAUCCUUGGACCCUGAGCGAUGGCAAUGGCAACUACAAUCCCAAAGCCAAUCCUUACAGGAGCCACCCUAAGAAGCCACUGUCCGACGACAACGCUCGCCGAAUAAUCAAAGCCAAGGCUCGCUACCUGAGCGUGCUCAGGAGGAACCAAGGUUCCCAGGCACAGACCCCUAAGUGGAUUAGGAGAACGCCUGAGCAGAUGGUCCAGUACCUCGAAGAUGAUAGGAACGGUCAUCUUUACGGGAAGCACGUUGUUGCGGCGAUUCGAAUUGUUCGAAACUUGUCGACGAAGCCUGAAGGAUCCUAUAACAUGAGGGAAGUGAUGGCUUCUUUUGUCACGAAGCUUACGUUCCGGGAGAUGUGUGUUGUGUUGAAGGAACAGAAGGGGUGGAGACAGGUGCGGGAUUUCUUUGCCUGGAUGAAAUUGCAGUUAAGUUAUCGGCCCAGCGUUAUCGCUUACACAAUUGUUCUUCGUGUAUAUGGCCAAGUUGGAAAGAUAAAGCUUGCUGAAGAGAUCUUCUUGGAGAUGCUUGAAGCAGGGUGUGAACCAGAUGAAAUUGCUUGUGGUACCAUGCUCUGCGCGUACGCUAGAUGGGGACGCCACAAAGCUAUGCUGUCAUUUUAUUCUGCUGUGCAACAGAGAGGAAUUGUACCUUCCAUUUCUGUUUUCAAUUUCAUGAUCUCAUCUCUGCAAAAACAAUUGCUGCAUGGAAAGGUUAUUCAGUUGUGGAGGCAGAUGAUACAUUCAGGGGUUGCACCAAACCAUUUUACUURUACAGUUGUCAUCAGUUCAUAUGCUAAAGAAGGUCUGGUGGAAGAGGCUUUUGAGACAUUUGAUAGGAUGAAGAACUCUAGACUCAUACCUGAGGAGGCAACAUACAGCCUCCUUAUCAGUUUAAGUGCCAAGCAUGGUAACCGGGACGAAGCAUUUAAACUUUAUGAAGACAUGAGGUCUCAAGGAAUUAUUCCUAGUAACUAUACAUGUGCUUCACUUCUAACUUUACACUACAAAUAUGGGGAUUACUCCAAAGCUCUUUCCCUUUUCUUGGAGAUGCAAAAGAAUAAUACUAUCGCUGAUGAAGUCAUCUAUGGUUUACUAAUUAGGAUAUAUGGCAAACUCGGUCUGUAUGAGGAUGCACAGAAGACAUUUGAAGACAUUGAACGAUUAGGCAUCCUAAAUGAUGAGAAAACCUAUGUGGCAAUGGCACAGGUCCAUCUGAAUGCAGGGAAUUUUGACAAAGCCUUAAAUAUUUUGGAGCUUAUGAGAUCUAGGAAUAUAUGGUUCUCGAGAUUUGCGUAUAUUGUUUUGCUUCAGUGUUAUGUUAUGAAGGAAGAUGUGACAUCUGCUGAAGUUGCAUUUCAGGCACUCUCAAAGACUGGAGUUCCUGAUGCUGCAUCCUGUAAGGAAAUGCUUAAUUUGUACUAUAGAUUGGGUUUUCUAGAAAAGGCCAAAGCAUUCAUUGUUAACAUGCAGAGGGAUCAAGUACAAUUUAAUGAAGAUCUUUACAAGACAAUUAUGAAAGUAUUUUGCAAAGAGGGGAUGGUAAAAGAAGUUGAAAAUUUACUAGAAGAGAUGGAAAGGACUGGGUUUGCCAAAGACAGCAGGUUCAUACAGACCUUUUUGAUGGCAGUGCAUGGAGAAUCAACAAAACUUGAGAAAGUGAAAGAUACAUUUGAGUCCUUGGACCAACCUGACACUACUGCUCUUGGACUGAUGCUUAGUCUGUAUUUAGCGGAUGGUGAUGCCAAUAACACUGAAAAAAUUCUAAAGUUGUUGCUGCAGACAACUGGAGGCUUGUCGGUGGCUAGCCAACUCAUCAGCAAAUUUAUUAGGGAAGGUGAUGCUUGUAAAGCAGAAUCUCUCUAUGAUCAUUUUAUCAAGAUGGGCUUCAGACCUGACAAUGCAGCAUGUGCAUAUAUGAUUAGUUCAUAUGGAAAGCGACAACAACUUAGACAUGCCCAAGAAGUCUUUGCAGUGUCCUCUGGUUCUCCUUCUGUCAGCAAACCUAUAUAUACCUCCAUGAUAAAUGCAUAUGUCAAAUGUGGUAAACCAGAAGAGGCAUACAACAUUUACAAAGAAAUGAUUGAAAAGGGGCAUGAAUUGGAUGCUGUUACCAUCAGCAUAAUUGUGAAUGCUUUGACUAAUAAUGGCAAACAUCAAGAGGCACAGAACAUUAUUCAGUCAAUUUUUCAGGAAGGUGUUGAGCUGGAUACUGUGGCAUACAAUACCUUCAUCAAGGCAAUGCUAGAAGCAGAUUCAAGAUUUGCAGGUAAGUUACACUUUGCAGCCAGCAUUUAUGAUCGCAUGCUUUCCUUGGAAGUUGUGCCAUCACUUCAGACAUAUAGCACCAUGAUAAGUGUGUAUGGACGAGGUCGAAAGUUGGACAAGGCUACAGAGAUGUUCAACAUGGCACGUGGUUUGGGUUUCUCCUUAGAUGAGAAGGCAUAUGCCAAUCUGAUUAGCUUUUAUGGGAAGGCUGGUAAGAGUCAAGAGGCAUUCCUUUUAUUCAGCAAGAUGCAGGAAGAAGGAAUAAAACCUGGGAAGAUCAGCUACAAUAUUAUGAUCAAUGUGUGUGCUAAUGGUGGGCUUGAUCAUGAAGCAGAAAGACUUUUUCAGGCUAUGCAAAGAGAUGGCUGUCAUCCUGAUUCCUUAACCUACCUUGCACUUCUUCGUGCCUAUACAGAGAGUGGGAAGUAUUUAAAAGCAGAGGAAACUCUCAGUGUAAUGCAGAAUGGAGGGAUUGACCCUUCUUGUGCUCAUUAUAACCAACUAAUCUCUGGUUUUGUGAAAUCAGGAUUUAUUUUGGAGGCUGAAAGGGUUUAUGGGAAAAUUAUUGAAUGUGGGUUAAGUCCUGACCUAGCAUGUCAUAGAACCAUGCUCAGGGGUUAUGUGGACCAUGGACAUAUUGCAAAAGGAAUUUCCUUCUUUGAACAGAUUAAAGAGUCRGUGGAAGCAGAUAGGUUUAUUCUGAGUGCAGCUGUUCAUCUUUACCAAUCAGAGGGUGAGGACCUCAAAGCUGGUGGCAUUCUGGAUUCCAUGAAUAGGCUUGGAAUCUCAUUCCUGGAGAACCUUGAAGUUGGAUCAAAGACAAAAAUCAUGUGAGUUCUUUCUUGUAAGAAUAUAAAGAUGAGAGCCAUGAAGCCCCCAGAGAUUCAUGAAGAUGUCAAUGGGGAUAUAGCAAAUGAAUUUCUGAAUGGAUUAAGGUAAAAAGAAGCUAAAUUCUUUAUUGGGCAAAACAGGUAGUGGUGCCAUGAGAAUCUUGAUCACACUGUUGCCAGUGGUAAUAACGGGAAGUAACAGCAGAAGCAAUUGUAAUGAUGUAGGCUGCAAACGUAACAAGUUAAAAAGCAGUUAUGAAUCUGUACCGCUUGCUUGGAGAAUGCCUUGGUGCAUGCAGGUGGAUGGUUAUCAACUUAUCAAACCUCCCAGUGAAAGGUGUUGGGGAAUAACAUGGGUGAGGACCGAUGUGGGUUCAAAAGAUAGGCCUAAGCAAGGUGCCAACUGGUUUGUAAGGGGUCGUAGCAGAGACUUGGGAUAGAAUCCCGCCUGCAUCUGGGUUGGGGAAUGGGCUACCCCCGUUAUGCACAGAGCAGCUAGUAUAUACCAGCCAAAUGGAUCAUCUGGGUUGGGGAAUGGGCUUUAUUGGUUUUUUAAGAUCAAUCUGCACCUGGGCACCAUCUCGACGAUGAAUGGGUGCUGAACUGCUGAUAUUGUGAGAAUUGGGCUGGUCUCAGUUUUUAGUCAUUAUCUUCUAUUUAUUUGGUUACCAAAAAAAAAUCUUCAUUUUUAUGGUCA